UUAUCAUUUGAGUUUGGAAGUUAAUAGUUGAAAGAAGAUGGCAGAGCACAGUUGGAUGAAUUUGGCAAGAAUUUUUCUCGUUUUGCAGGCAGCAUUUGUGGUGGCAAAUACGCAAGCGGUAAGUGUACGUGUUGCAGGUGAAUCUAAUUUGACUACUACUACCCGUGCAGAGGACUAUGUCAUACAGAAUCAACGCCAAUAUGCAGCGAAUAUAUUGAGCUAUGAAUCUCAGCUUGCCGAGUUCAAGUUGAGCUACCAACAGCAAUUGAAUGCAAUUGCAGUACAAACUACUCUAGUUGAAGAUAAGCUGAGUGAGGUUGAGGAAAAGUUGAAUCCUUUGGAAUUGUUGGAUGAUCUCAGUAAACAUUGCGUACAAAAAUAUCGCAUUAAAAUUGCGAAAAUAGCUACAGUGAAAGCCUCAUUGGCCAGUUGUGCUGCAACUGCUUCAAAUGUGAUGGCCAGUUUGGUUGCACCGGCAGAAACCACCAUGAGAAACCUCAUUAAUUAUUAUGCUCAACUGAAUACUAAUCUGAAUGCAUGCAAACAAAAAUUUGAGAAUCUAGUAGUGAAUUACACGCUUUGCGUUACGCCAUUGAUCAACACAGCUAAUUCGGUUACCAAGACAAAUCAGAAAACUUUUGCCACUCAAAUUCAGGAACUAAAGUGCAGUGGUACGGGACGCAUUACACAGUCUUUGGAUUGUAGUUUUACCAUUUUAUAUAACACAAUUUCUGUAAUCGGCGAAACCACACGUUUGAUUGAUAAUUGUAUCGCAGGCUUGGAAUACUGUCCGCCUUGCCAAUCAGCCCCAGUUGAUUCAUGUCCACAUAGCAUCGACUUAACCAUAAGUGAUUUGAUCUACAGGAAUGCGACUAUUAAAAAUCCCUUCUAUGGGUUGAAUUCUACCGUACCGUGCAUAAAGAUAUACUUUGUGCCACCAGCUUAAAGACUGUGGGUUGCUACUUGGCUACAGCUUCGAGCAGAAGAGUCAGUAAAAGGGAAAACGUAUCAAAGUUACAGUAUUAAUUAGAUAAUAAUGAUAAUAAAUAAAGAUGUGCUUAUAUUUUGCAAGAAGUUAAGUAAAUAAAAAAUAAUUCUAAAAUUAGAA